AUAAAUGAUGAUAAUUAUGAUAAUCUGACAAAGAGGCUGAUAUCACAAUCCAGUACUUUAGUUUUGAGUAAAAAUCCUGGAUUUUCAGGUCGUGCGUGGAUUUGCCUGUGCUUGAACGAGGGACAGCUGGAGAGCUACCUGCACGUCCUAACCACUCACCAGCUGUUACUGGGGUCACACUACGGAUCCCAGGCGCUGCUGAGGGACCCCCAUAGGACGCACCUCCUCCUCAUGCUGGCUGCGGGACUGGAGCACAUCCGAUUCACCAUUCCUGUGGAUAUUCCGGGAUGGCUGGCUUCAGGGGGAAGUAUGAGCAGCUCUUCGGCCACCAGCAUGUCUGUGAGCAGCAUGGGGUCAUCCAUCCCUUCCCCCUCGCAGCAUGAUUUUCCAGACCUUGAUACUACAUGCUCAGAGGCCCUCGAGGAGAGCUGGCAUUCCAUUGAAGGGGAGUUACCUGUCUUUCAAGCUACAUGUGAACAGUUGGACACAUCCAUAGAAAUAGAACACAUAGCCAAGGGCUCUAAGAAGAAAAGGAGGAGCAGGUCAUCAUCGCAGAGCUCAUCCAGAGUGUCAUCGGGGGGCACAACGCCCACUGAUGCCAAGAGCACAAACCUUAGCACGACGAAAGUGCAAAAGGAUGAAAGUGGAGAGAUGGGUCACCGGCACAGCACCUCCACGGCGACCACCAUAACAGGCACACAAAGCAGGACAACAUCUACGAUCCCUUGGGACUCCUCCUCGUCUUCCUCUCCAACCAUUACAACUGCGGAAGGAACACCAAAGCAAAACUGUGAUAAUUAUGAUAGGAACGUCAACAACCUCAACUGUGAGAGCAAGGAAGACGGGCAGGAGAAAGGGUACAAGGAGAAGAGUGAAAAGGGGGACGAACUCGCCAACACUCUUGAAAACAGGAAUGUGAACGCGACCUGCAACGGGACCGAUGAUGGGAACACGAGCAAGCAGAUGGGGAAUGAGGUGCGAGGGGAUGAAGUGACUGUGGUGCGACGAGGGAGGCUGCCCAAUGCCAAGAAUGUGGAGAAAAGGGUCUCUUUCACCGACAUUUCUGACCUGGAGCAGCACAAGCCUCAACACAAUCGGCUCAGUCUCUGCGGAUAUUCUGAGAUUCGUGAUCUGGGUGAUCUCCGUGACUUGCUUUCCAACCUGAAGGACCGAGGGCUGCUUCCAACAUCUAUAGCAUUAGAUGAACUCUUCACCAGCCUUGAUCAGUCUACCCCUUCCUUGAGUGAGCGGGCUCCACCAGAGGGCCAGGAGGACCCUCCUCUACACCAGUCCAUUAUCAGCCUUACACCGAGCAAUGCAGAUGAUGACAGCAACAACAACAACAGUGGGACAGACAUCUCAAGUGACCUGUGGAAGUGUCUCCCAGGGGAAAAGCAGGAACAGGGGGUGUUAUCGGCAGCAGUGGUGCAGCGAACCAACAUCAUCGACGGGCUGAGAUGGGAAGAGCUAACCAAGAUGGGACAUGAGCUGCUGGAGAAGGCCACAACAGACCCUAGUAUCUUGAACAGCCAGCAAGUCACGUCCACCAGAGCCUUACUGAGCCAGGAACAGCUGGCCACAGGGACAAGACCCAAGCAGAAGCAGCUGAUGGCCAUUAAGGCAGAGGCCCAGAUGCAGAGAGAUGGGAUGGGGAGAUUGCAGGGCAGGAGGUCCAAGUCGAUGCUCUCAUCUGAUGAGAGGAGGAGGCUGUACAAAAAGAGCUUUCGCAAGGAUAAGGCUCCCCCAAGUCUUUACAUUCCAGUCAAAGUAGAUGGCAAAAAAUUUAGGGAAGAGGAAAGGCGCCUUGCCCUAGAGGUUGCUCAGGGGCAGUCAAACCUUGUAACCCCAGGCAGAAUUAUGGAUUAUAAGUUGGAUGAAUGGAUUAUGACUCACGUGCUAGCAGUGCCUGAAGAGAAGCUCUAUCGGGUGUUUGCUGCUCGAGAGGGUCACAGUAGUGGGCACAGCAUAGGAGUCCAGGUUGUCUUAUCAACACAGACACUCUAUAUACUGGCACCAAGACUGAAGGGAUCCAAACCUCGACAUAUUCUACCUUAUCAUGAUAUUCACACCAUCAUAGUGGGGGCCAAUGAUCAGUGGGUUUGUGUGUUGAGCAAGGAAGCAGUGCAUGAUGACCUUGCCACCACAGGCAACAACACUGGCAUUCAGUUAGACAUUGGCGACCCUGAUGUGACUCAUGCCAUCGUGAGUUGCCUUGAAUUGGCUAUUAGGAGGCACUUUGCUGCUCUCAAACUAGGAGCAGCAUUAAAGAAGGAAGAAACAUACAUUGAUUAUCGAGACUUAUUCCCACCGGGGAAAUUGAAACUCACUCGUUCUAUCACCAGAGAGUGUGAAGACAAUUUAUCAAACUCUUUAUUAGAGGAAUCUCUGCUCAAUGCGUGGGACACAAGGAAAAACUCGGCUGAUCACAGUCACGAGUCCUCUGAAGUAACACAGGACCUUUCAGCCGCCACUCCGGGGUCGGUCGUCAGUCAGGACUUGAGCGAGGCCAGUCAGGACCUCACCGAGGCUAGUCACGACCUGACUGAAGAGAGUCAUGACCUUACGGAACCCAGCCAUGAUCUUACCGAGGCCAGUCAUGAGUUAAUUGAAGACAAUUCUGACUUAACUGAAGCCAGUCAAGAUAUAUCUGAAGCUAGUCAAGAUAUGACAGAAACAAGUCAGGAUUCCAGUGAGGCCAGUAAUGAUUUGACAGACCCAAGUCCAGAGUCUGUUGACGAGAGUCCAGACAUGACUGAUGCUAGUCAAGCCUCAGUUGAUGCUAGUGAAGAAGACAUACUUAAUGAAAGCCAAAGUCCAAGAUCAAUGGAAGGAAGCCAACAGUCUUCCUACAUGAGUCAAACACAGUCAAGCAGAACACAGAUACACUCAAAGAUGAUCCAGACAUCAGUGAACACUAGCCAGGAGUCAUACCCAGAGGAGAAUGAAGUACCAGCCAAUAAGAAUGAAGUUGCUGUAGUGCAGGAGGAAGAAAAGGAGUCAGAAAAUGGAAAUAUCACUGAGAAGGAAGAAGACAAAGUUGAGGAGUUGGAGGAGGAAACCUGUCCUGCACAUAUCCACCUGGAAAAACAGUAUGGCAUGCCCAUAUAUGCAGAUGGUUAUUCGCGGUGGAAUGGGACUCUACAUGACCGAAGUCUACCUGCUGUUGUGGUCCAUCCAGCCUGGGAAUUGGCUGGGCUGAGAAGGUGGUUGAGGGCUCAGCUGCGACUACAGAGUGGGCCAGAGGUGGUUGGGUGUUGGAUGGCCGACUGGGAGGAUGGCAGCAGCCUGGGAGGGGAUGCUGUGUCCGGGCCUCUGGGACCUACCAAUGAGGGCCCAUUGAUGUUUAAGCCUCCAGGGAUCUUGUCCUCGUGGAGACCCGCCUUUUUCAUCCUCAAAGCUGGUGUUCUAUACCAGUUUAAUGAUGCUCGGGAGAGAUUGCCUCACAUGAUUGUCGAGGUCGUGCAGUGCGUAGGCUGUGUGCGCAUAUCUUCAAGUCACCGGCCCUAUGCCUUCCAGUUACUGAGGAAGAAAGCACCUCCUGUGAUGCUCGCAGCAUCUGAUGAACAUGAGGCCUCCCUGUGGCUCCAGGCCUUCCUUAUGAUUAUCAACAAUGGGGUCCCAGACGUGAGUGAACGUAAGCAGGUCUCGUGCAGAGUGAUCCUGCUGGAGUCAGGGGUGUUGCUAGCUCAGCAGUCAGACCUAAUACUGGGUCUUCCACAAGACAUUGGCCCUUCCUCCUUUGACCACCAGAGUGCUACCGACCCUAGAUCCUCUACAACAAACCUGCAGCAGUCUCAGCAGCAGGCUUUGGGCUCAUCUCCCAGACAUUCACAAACAGCUCAAGCACAGCUGGAGAGGAAGGACUCUCAGAAGCCCCUGAAUCUGGCUCUGUCCAACCUCAAGGAGCGCAAGCACCUAAGUUCCUCACUCACAGCCCUCAAUCGCACCAACAGCACUCCCUCAAUGCCUGGCAGUCCCCUAAAGCGUGCAAACAGUGUCAACAAAACCUCGACCCCAAAGAAACUCCAGCACCAAGGAAGCCUGACAAGACUGACAGACUAUGGAUCUUCAGAUGUCCAAGCUAGCUCAAUUGCAAAAGAUGAAAAGGAUCUGUCGCCCUACAUUAAAAAGAACAAAGAGGUGUUGGCGAGGAGCAACUCUGUACCGAGAAGAACGUUGGAUGAGAUUACGCAGGGAAUUCAGGCCAAGGGAGAAGUCAAGGUCCUCACCUACAGUGCCCUUGAACACCUGUCUUCACUAUUCCUGUAUGCAGAGUGUCCAAACACAUGUCUGAUGGAAUUUGAGUGCAGUGAAGCCGGAGAGAUCUCUGGUGACUGGGCUCUCUACUUCCGUACUGGCAGUCAGCUGCAUGAGUUCAUCACUACCUUGUCUCGAACUUGGAGCAGCAUGUUUGAGAUGGAGUUUCCUGUGCGAACUGUGGAGGAUGCGGGAGUGCAGCAGUACCUUCUCGAAGGCUCACAAAUCUCCACAAGUGGAUGGUCCUCUUACCAUUUGUAAAUAUAUCAUAUGGUCUCAUUUCUAGGCAUUACACUUUACUUCAAUAUCCCUUGCUCCCAUACCCCUCCUCUGUUCCUGUUUCAUGCGUUAGGAUAAGCAUAAAGAAUAUAUAUAUACAUACAAUAUAUUGAGUUGUAAAUGUGCUUUUAAGUAUAUUGUGGAUAAAUUUAAAUAGUGAAACUGCUACAGUUUGUACAGUUACUCUUCCUCAAUAUAUGCAGUAGUUUAUAUGUGAUAUAACAUACCAGAAGUUGCAGUUAUUUUAGGGUUAGUUCCUUGGAAAAGACAGGAAACUGGGUUGAGCCAUCAGUGCUGAGUUUAUAAGCUUUGUAAAUUAUUUGUUCUCUAGUCAUGUUAUGAUACUGAGCUUUAAUCUAUCUGUUCCUCUGUAUACCCCUAUACAAGUAUACAUAGCCUGAGGUACUGCAGAUUCCUGAUGUGAAUUGAAAGGAGGAAAGGUCCUUUUUAUAUUUCGGUGUUGAACUGGAUGUAGGGGGAAGACCUGCCUAGUGGUAAUGUGCCUAUUAUGUCAUACUGUGUUUGCAAGAAUUUAAAAGUUGAUUUCCUUUCUGUUUAUUUAUGAUUUUUCUUAAGGUUUGUAAUUUUUUAUCAUGUGGAAAUAUUAGAUUGUAUUAGACUAUAUUGGAAGUAUAUGUAAACCAUUUUGUAGUAAGAAAAGUAAAUGGACUUGUAUCUAUGAUAAUGCCUAAGGUAAUGUGUAUACCUAUAAUUAUGAAUGUCUCCCAUGUGUGUAUACCUAUUUUCAUUUCAUUUUCAUUGGGGUGUGUAAAUAAGGGGAUUCAUCAGAUAGCUUGAAAGAGAUAAGAAACAAAAAAUUCCACAGUGAACUACAGAUGGAAUGUCUGAUUAAUGACUUCUCUCUGUUUAAGUGUAGAUUAAGUGAGUGUGGAAGUACCUUUAGAUACCUUAUGAUAGGUAGAUCUGUUCCUUCUAACAUCAUUCACUUUUCUGAAAACAUGGAGAUGAUUAGAAGCCAGUGGGGAUUUGCAUUUGCAUCAUCCUUUUUCUUUUUUAUCGCCUUUGCCAUUUUGCUUUUCCUUUCUUGUAUUCUUUUCCUUUUUCGAAGACCUCCGUCCUCCACAGACUCAUUCAAGGUGCAAAACCUAAAAAAAGAAAAAGAAAAAAAAAAAACUUGUGCACUCAUUAAUCGGCAGCAUCAAAGUGUACCAUCAUCUCACGCAAAUAUAUCUUAGGUUUGUAGCUUUUAUACAGAUUAGGCUUGUGAUUGGUAGGUCACAUACAGUCAUUCAUUUCCGCACCAGCUUUAACUAGGAUAUGGCAUUUCCUGAGUGCAAUGCAUAAACACUCAUAUUGGAAGCUUGUUGUUCUACCUAAGUUAGUUUUGUAGUGUUGCUGGAUGUAUAUAGGUUAGGGAGUAUGUUGUGAUAAAAGUGUGAAGUGGGUAUGUGUAUAGGAGGGUAAUGUUUACCAAAAUUGGGAAAGGGGAGUUUUGUAAAGGAGAAGGAGCUGCAUUUUUAUCUUUAUUUCAUUAUUUGCUUUUUACUUUUCUUUUGUGUAUUUAGAUGCUGUGAAGAGUUUUGUGGGAUGGGUUUUCCAUACUAAUACACAACACGAAUUAGCAAAGGAUUCACAAAAAAAAAUGAAAUGGAAGGAAAGGAAAUUGUAUGCAAGAAUGCAAUGAUAUUUUUUGUUCUUUAUUGAGUAAGGACUUUAAUAUAAAAUGUCUGUAGAAAAUGAAAGACAUUCUUUAAUGAAAACCUGUCCUUCUUGGCCAUAGGUCUGGGAGGGUAGAUGCAUAUUCAUUCUGAUAACUAAUGUGAAAAGAUUUGUGAAUGCAUGAGUGCCUCCAUAAGUUAAUUCCUUAAGCAUUUAUUUUCCACUUGGUUGAAUGAUAUUGAAGUUUUUCGAAGUCAGUGUUUUACUAUUAUUGUUUUUAAUGUAGAUGAAUACUUGAAGCUUUCUUGAAAAAUGAUGGUGCAGCUUCAGUUGUGGUUUUGGUUAAGCAUCUAACUUGUUGGUAGAAAAUGAAGGGGUGUGAAAUAAAGUCUGUCUUGCAUUCUGUUUGAGAUUAUUUACUUGUUAUUGUUUAUAAUUUUUUUUCAUGGUGGAGAAUAAUAAUUUAUCAUUAUUAUUAUUAUUAUUAUUCAUUAUUGUUGCUAUUAUUAUAUUUGUAGUAGUAAUUAAUCAUGUUAAAUUACUGUGGUCGGGACUGAUUGAAUCUCAAAACAGUACCUUGCUGAGACUGGAGUAUGAGUUGGUUGAACUUGUUUCUUUUCUGCAAUGUCUUGUUUUCAAGUCUUUUUUUGUGUUCAGAUUUAUAGAUAUAUAUAUUUUUAGCUAGUGUAUAUUUUUUAAAAAUUGUGUCUGUAACUUGUUUCAUGUGUUUUUUAAAAGUUAGUAAGUUAUUUAUUAUUGAGACUGUGUGACACAUUUUCAUCUGCAGUAUAUGUAAAACCAAAACUUAUUCUAAAAAAAAUUUAAAAAGUG